CGUGAUGGACAGCCGGUAAUCUUAUCAUAGAGACGAUUGGGUUGUCGUUGGGUUUAGGUGAAUAUCGGGAGCGAUAUCAGUUUGGAGCCGGCAGUUGAACGAAUCGGUUGUGCUUUGUGAGGAUGUCGAAACGAUGAUGAUGAGUGGAAAAAUUGUUGGGAUGCUAUUGGUGACGCUGUGUUUGGCGAAGUCAAUAGUGGCCCAGGAGGAGGAACAUCACUGCGUGAUGUACGGGAUUUGUCACAGCUCCGGAGUACAUUAUCAGAACUGUUGGACGAAUGAGACGGCGAAGCCGUUGGGAAAUUCUGCCGCGGUGGAAAUUAUGCGUAGGAGAUGCGGAUUUAUGUUUGAGAGUGAUGACACGCCCGUUUGCUGUAACUUGGAUCAGCUGAGAGAGUUGGAUAGUAACUUCAAGAAUGGGGAAGGAAUUUUCGGGCGGUGUGAAACCUGCGUUAGGAAUAUGCUUUUUAGCGUCUGCAGUAUGGCUUGCAGUCCAGAGCAGAGUCGUUUUUUGACCUCCUAUCAGGACGCGAAUGAGGAGUAUGUGGAGAGGGUAGAGUACCGUAUCGAUCGAGCACACAUACAGGGAGUGUACGAUUCCUGUAAGGGCGUUGUGGUUCCUUCGAGUGGGAAGUACGGUAUGGACAUGGCCUGCGGUGGCUGGGAAUCGACCAGGUGUACAGCGGAACGCUGGUACGAGUACAUGGGUGAUUCGAGAAUUAACGAGUUCGUGCCGUUUCUAAUCGAGUACCAGUUUCCGGAUGAUCCCGAGGUGCGGUACAACCGGGAGGUGCUGCACUGUAACGAGGCGUAUAACGACUCGGUGAGUUGUUCCUGUGUUGACUGCUUUGACAGUUGUCCUGUGUCCAGUCCACCGGAGGCGGACGAUCCUGGCUUUCUGGUGGGAGAUUUGAAUGGAGUCACUUUCGUGGUUGCGAUAGUUGUGGGAGGAUUUGGAUUGGCCGUCAUUUUGCUGUUCGGAAUAACGAAAUCGGUCGGAGAAUUACCGGACUUUCCAAAAAUCCUCGGAGGUUUUCCAGGGGUAAACCAUGGUCUGACGAAAUUCUUCACCCACUGGGGAACUUUUUGCGCCGCUCAUCCGGUGUUGAUCCUAUGGAUAUGCUCCUGGUGCAUCGGAGGGCUUUGCUACGGGAUCAGAUGGAUUCAAAUCACGACGGAUCCCGUGGAGUUGUGGGCCGCUCCGGAAAGUCGAUCACGAUUGGAAAAGGAGUACUUCGACACGCGGUUUUCUCCGUUCUACCGAACGGCCCAAGUCUUCAUUAAACCGUACAAACAAGACUACAUCAGUCACAUGACGUCAACGGGGAACCUCACCUUCGGACCGGCUUUCGAAAAGCAGUUUCUGCUGGAGGUGUUCGCCCUGCAGGAGCAGAUCGAACAAAUUGGACAGGAAGAGGGCGCUGGAUUGGAGCACAUUUGCUACGCUCCUAUGACGGCCAGUGGAGAACAAACCGUACUUAGCGAAUGUACCAUUCAGUCAGUAUUUGGGUACUUCCAAAACAGCUACGAGAAGUUCGAGGAUGUGUACGAGGAUUUUGAAGGUUUAGAGGUGAAUUAUUUAAACACGAUUAAUGAUUGCACUCGGAAUGCCUACCUACCGGCUUGUUUUGGGCCGUACAAGGGACCGAUAGAGCCGGGUAUCGCGGUGGGUGGCUUCCCAAAGCCCGUAGCUGGCAGCAGUCCCGACUUUCGACUCGCCACGGGGUUGGUACUUACGUUUUUGAUACAGAAUAAAGCGGAUAAAGAGGAGCUCGGACCGAUGAUGGAGUGGGAGAAGAAGUAUAUUGAGUUUACCGAGAAGUUCGAGAGUCCUCUGAUGGAUAUCGCCUAUACGGCGGAACGUUCGAUUGAGGACGGGAUCGAAGCGAUGUCCCAGGGCGAGAUGGUUACGGUCAUCAUCAGCUACGUGGUGAUGUUUGUCUAUAUAACGAUUUCACUUGGUAGAAUUACCGGUUUGAGGACGUUUUUCAAGGAGUCUAAAAUUACGCUUGCCGUUGGGGGGAUCGCGAUUGUGCUGGUUUCCGUUGCUUGUAGUUUGGGAUUUUUCGGAUAUCUCCGGCUAGCAACGACGAUGCUGACCAUCGAGGUGAUUCCGUUUCUGGUGCUGGCGGUUGGCGUUGAUAACAUCUUCAUGCUGGUGCAUGCCUUCCAGCGGAUCGAUCGGGUGGAGACGCCUGACACACCGGAAGCGAUCGGAAAAGCUUUGGGACAGAUUGGACCGUCGAUUUUGCUUACCUCGGCUAGUGAGUGCUGCUGUUUUGCCAUCGGAGGACUGUCCUCGAUGCCGGCGGUUAAUACCUUUGCGUGGUACGCAACGGUGGCCCUGUUUGUGGACUUUCUUCUGCAGAUAACGGCUUUCGUGGCACUAAUGGCGUUGGACGAACGCAGAGCUCAGGAUAGGCGGUUGGAUUUGUUUUGUUGUAUUCGCACUAAGGCGGGUUCUGAAAAGGGCCAAGGGUCAGGCUUCCUGGAGAAGUUCUUUGAUCGAUACUAUGCACCAUUUUUGUUGAAGAAUAUCGUUCGUCUGAUGGUGCUGGCGUUGUUUGUGAUCUUGUCCUCGCUAUCGCUGAUGGUGGUGCCCAAUGUGGAACCGGGGUUGGAUCAGCAGCUCUCGAUGCCCAAGGAUUCCCACUUGGUUAAGUACUUUCAGUUUAUGGCUGACCUGCUCUGGAUGGGAGCCCCGGUGUAUUUUGUGCUGAAGCCCGGUCUGAAUUACACCAACACCAGCGAUCAGAACGUCGUUUGUGGUGGGGUGCUCUGCAACUCGGAUUCCAUCCAGACGAAACUCUAUCUGGCGUCGCUUUACCCGGAGAUCACCCGAAUCGCCCGUCCAGCUUCCUCCUGGCUGGACGACUACAUCGACUGGCUAAACAUCGACAGCUGCUGCAAAUACCACCUGGAUGAUGAGUCGUUCUGUGCGAGCCAGGACAACCGCUGUGAACCGUGUCCGAAGGAGUUUGAUGAGACCGGCAUCCGGCCAACGGUGACGCAGUUCGAGCGCUACAUGGAGUUUUUCCUGUCGGACGUUCCGGACGAAGUCUGUUCCAAGGCGGGCCGGGCUGCCUAUCUGAAUGCUCUGAAUUAUGUGGUGGAUUCCACCGGGCACUUGAACGUACACGAUUCGUACUUUAUGUCCUAUCACACGACGGUCAUCACUUCCAGGGACUUUUACGAAGCGCUCCAGUGGGCGCGGCGAGUCUCCGACGAUAUCCAGGAGAUGUUGGACGAGAAACAGACCGGGGUGGAGAUUUUCCCUUACAGUGUGUUCUACGUGUUCUAUGAACAGUAUCUGACCAUUUGGACGGACGCUCUUUUGUCGCUGGGGUUAUCACUGACGGCGGUUUUUGUGGUGACCCUGCUGGUAACCGGUUUAGAUAUCGUAUUCUCACUGAUAGUCCUACUGAUGGUCUUCUUGAUCCUGCUCAAUAUGGGCGGCUUCAUGUGGCUCUGGGGCAUCACCCUGAACGCCGUUUCACUAGUAAAUUUGGUCAUGAGCGUCGGCAUCGGUGUCGAGUUCAUCUCGCACAUCGUUCGGUCGUACAAAAACGAAGCGGGUAGCAAAGUGGAUCGUGCCGCGGGGGCUCUCACGAAGACCGGCAGCAGUGUUUUCUCCGGUAUCACACUAACCAAGUUUGCCGGAAUCGUGGUACUCGCAUUCGCCAACUCUCAGAUAUUCCAAAUCUUCUACUUCCGAAUGUACCUCGGAAUCGUCCUGAUCGGAGCUCUGCACGGGCUGGUGCUGCUACCCGUUUUACUCAGCUUUAUAGGACCUCGAACGGCGGCACGCUCUCCGGUGGAAGUAACCUACCAGCCCAUGGAUCAGGGUCAAAUCGAACCCCGAAUACCCUCCGCCCCUCCACUAGAAACACAAAGCUCAAAGCCAAUGUAUUGUUAGAAUAUAACUAUUUAUUUAGCGAAGCAAAAUUUUUUCAACUGGGAAGUUUGAACGGUAAUCCGGUAAAGCGAGGCCUCUGCGUAAUC